AUGAGUACAUACAAUCGAUAUUAUUGUACAUCUUGUUAUAGUGUUUGGGAUGAAAAUUAAUGCGUACCUAAAAUUCUGGAUUGCGGACACUCCUUUUGUCUAAAAUGUCUGAAACGUCUCUUGUAGAACGAUCAAAUAAUCUGUCCAGAAGAUAUGAAAUGCAUAAAGAUUAACUCACUGAAUUAAUUACGUACCAAUGAAGAAUUGUUACAUCCCCAACCGCAACGUUCAGAGAGAAUUCUGCCAUCAACUCAUUCAUCGCAAUAAGACAUCUCCGUGACUAAAUCAGAGACUGUAACACAAUCUACCACUCGCUUAUUUAUCAAUGUUCCUGACAAUUCAGUUUCCAUUCGAAAACCACAACAAGUUUACAAAAAAGAAUAAAUCCCAUGGACUAGAGAACAAUUAUAACAGUGUCAUCAAUAACUACAAGAAUAUCACCAAUAAUUUGAAUUGAACUAAAUGAUCAUUCAAUAGAAACGCACUUUGAUUGAGCAAAUAUAAUAGAAGUUUUCAGAUUUUCAAAUUAAACUCAAAAAUAUUGAAAGCCAACUCUUAUACGAACUAAAUAUAAUGACAUUCGAUAAAAGCAUAUCUCCAUAGACAAAAAGUCAAUUGCUGAAAUCCAAUCAACCAAAGAAAGUUAGAAUUGAGUAGUUGCUCCUCUUGUCCAAUGAGAAACUCAACGCUCAAGUCGAUUUGGUCAAUACCCUAACACAAUAAACUGAACAGCUCAUCACUAGCUUAUCCAAACAGGAGACCCUCAUGGUUCACGACCUUAUCAACAAGGAAAUGCAGAUUUAGUUCGAUCUUACUGUCUAUGAUUAUUUGCCCCAAUUUUGCACUAUCAAGAAAUACGAGAAUAAUAAUAACAGAAACCAAUUGUAAAAUAAGAGCUAGACUAGAGUCAAAACACUAAAUGAUUCUAAUUCUAAUAAUUGCACCAAUAAAUCUAACUAAUCCCUAUCAUUUACCAGUAGCAGUCCCAAACCCAAAGUACGUGACAACUCCUCUUCAAAACCAUUUCAAUACUCCAAAAAUGCUCAUCACAUAGAAGAAUCCCCAUCAUAAAGAUAGAAUCCAAGGGAAUUAACUUUUGGACCUUCAGUGCAACUAAGGAGAUCUCAUGAUUCCAGAAAUGCUUCACCUAAUAACAAACUUUAUGAAGCCACAGGCAUCGAUCGACUUGAGGAACUCUUAUUUAAGGGAUUGCCUAUUGAGAAACUGGACUUGACCAAUCAAAAUUUAAAUGAUCAAGAUGUGCAGGAACUUAUAAAACUGGUUCAGUAAUCCACCUCAUAAAUAGAAAUACUUAAAUUAGGUAAGAACAGGAUUAGCGAUAUUGGUUUCGAUAAGUUACUCACUCUUCUACUAAAAAGGAGUGACAUACACACUCUCAAUCUAUCAAAUAAUGAUUGCACUGUAAAAUCAAUAGAUAUGAUCGAAAGAAGAAUACAAAAACUAUAUGGAAAGACUAUCUAUCUCUCUAAUUGCAAGCUCAACAACCUCACCCAAUUGAAAAAGAAAUAGACUCUAUUUCAAAAUAAAGGCGUUACUUUGUUUCUGUGA